GGAAGCGGAAAUGACGCAAGACGACCGUUCUCUCUAAUGGCUGAACAACAACAUCUGUCGGCGAGUAGCAAACUUUCCCAAAGUUAUUCAGACGCAAAAGAAAGUUGGAAGUAGCUGAUUGCAUCGGUUAUAUAACCGUCAGGUUGUGUUUGUAGGUUCUUUUGUAAUAACAAAUGUGGAAUUACUAAUGGAUCCCAGAUAUGACAUACCGCGGAGGGCCGCCGGUGGUGGCGGGGGCUCCGCAAACUCGUCCCCCGCGUUGGGGGCUCAGUCACGCCGAAGAAAGAUGCCUCCCAGACCCGCUGAUUUCAAACUCCAGAUUAUAAUCAUCGGCUCCCGUGGUGUUGGUAAAACCAGCCUUAUGGAAAGAUUCACCGACGACACUUUCUGUGAAGCCUGCAAGUCGACCGUAGGAGUUGACUUCAAAAUCAAGACCGUUGAGUUGAGAGGGAAGAAGAUCAGACUACAGAUAUGGGACACUGCAGGCCAGGAGAGGUUCAACAGCAUCACAUCAGCCUACUACAGAGGGGCCAAGGGAAUAGUGCUUGUAUAUGAUAUUACAAAACAAGAAACGUUUGACGACCUUCCCAAGUGGAUGAAAAUGAUAGACAAGUACGCCUCAGAGGAAGCAGAGCUUCUGCUGGUUGGGAACAAGCUGGACUGUGAGACUGAUCGCAUCAUCUCUAGGCAACAAGGAGAGAGGUUUGCCUCUCGGAUAAGUGGAAUGCGCUUCUGCGAAGCUAGUGCCAAGGAUAACUUUAAUGUGGAUGAAAUUUUCCUGAAGCUGGUGGAUGACAUCCUCAGCAAGAUGCCUUUGGAAGUUCCUAACAAGGAGCUUUCCAACAGUGUCCUGUCUCUGCAGCCUGAACCGGAAGUGCCACCAGAGUUGCCCCCUCCCCGCAUGCGCUGUUGCUGAGAGUGAUAGUGGUCACCCCUCACCACCCCCCCGAAAUCAUCCUUCUCACAUAAAGUGCUCACACAUACAGUGUACACAUCUGGCCACCAGGGGGCAGCAAACAGCAGUAAUUUGGAAUCAUUGCCUGGUGCUGUAAUGAUGCAUGGACUCUCAAAUAAGCAGUAUUAUCCUCUCAUGUUUAUUCUACUACUUGCAGCACACUAACACUUCGGCCUGAAGAUUCACCCUCGUCCUACCACCUGUCGUUUUUCACUUGACCCAGACUACCUCAUUGCUCGGACGGUUAGGCUAGCUGUACCCCACAGGUGCCUUCCAGGUAGAGCCUCCUGGUAGCAGAUGCACAUUUUUUUGAGGAGGAGGAAUUACUGAGGGCCUUAGAGCUUGUUUGCUUCCUUUUACUUUUGUCAUCACACUUGCUUCACUCAUGGUCUCCGUUUUCAAGUUUAAGAAAUAGCAACUUCUCUCAUCUGCCCACCUCAGUUUAAACUCUGGGUCUACAGGUACACUAGUUUUAUAUACUUAUUAAUGUGUAUUAUUACAGAGUGACACGUUGACUAGGGGUAAACAAAAGCACAUGAUGUAAAUAAGGUCUGUUGCUGUCAUGACUGGACAAGGUGCAGAUGUUUGUGGCCAGCAGUAGGUGCUUGUAUGGUGGAGGAUCGUUUCAGCUAAUAUUGCUUUGCCUUAAAGUAUUGAAGUGGCUGGAAACAGCUAGAUUAAAAUGUGUAUAAUUUGUAAUGUUUUGCACUACAAUCCAUCUUCCUAGUAAAGCUGACAUGCACAAAAAUGAAAAGUUAAGCACUAACAAAGAUACCAGCUGCCUCAGCAUGUCUGUGAGAUGGAGAUGCAAGGGGAGAUGGGUAAUGUAGUCUUUUAGGAAUCUGUGUUUAAACACAAGGAAUUCUCAGUGUGUGUUACUGGCUUAUCAGAGGGAAAUGAGAUUAUAAAAAGCUGCCACACACAGUUUGAACCUUUGUUUUUGUUGCUAACUAUAUGUUCAGUGUUUAAUGUUUUUAUUCUGAAUUUAGAUAUUUCUGAGAGAAGAAGGUUAAUUUACCCUUUAGUAGGGAGGGGUACAUAAAGGUUUGCUUAGUGUUUGAAUGACUCAGGAAACUUUGAUCCACUCAUGGCUGCACAUGCUUUUGAUAACAGACUUGUUUUACUUUGAGUUUAAUGACAAAUUAAAGUUGUGGCAUGUUGGUUGUAGUGACAUCUUGUGGCAAAGUUACAGAUUGCAGACAAGCCUUACCUUUCCCUUCUGAAUGUUUAAGGAACACUAGUGUGGUAGUGGGAAAAUGCAUUAGGUCCACAAUAGAGCCAGUGUUUGGUUUGUCCCUUUCGAGCUGCUGUAGCGGCACAGAAGUUGAGAACUGGAAUCUGCAGCGACUCUGGACAUAAAUGACCUAUUUUAUAGCAUUUUGCAUUUCUGCCUGCAGACCGUUUUAAAUCUUAGACACUGAAACAAAGAAAUAUUAGAGAAAAUGUGGUGUUUAGAGGUUUUUAGCAAUUUUGAGUUUAGGAUUUGUUCUUUUACAGUGGACCAGCACUGAUCUCUCUUUGCUUGCACAAACAAUGUAAUGUAAAUCCCUCCUUUGUUUAUAGACGUUAACAAUACUUUAUUCUUCCGUCUUUUGUUUGCAACUUGUUGCAAUAUUAGCAGUGUAGCACUGUGAGUGUCUCUGUUGUGACAUGCUGAAGUAAAACCAUGAGUCUGAGGGUAAAGGAGCCCACUCAAUGGACCUGGUCUGAAAAGACUCAAACAGACUUUCUAUCUGUUAUAUAUAUCCUUUUUUUCCAUUUAGGUUUUAUAUUAAGUUUAAGCUUCUGGGGACUUAAAAAUGGCAUAUUAUGUAAUGAAGGGUUUCAUACCCCCCCCCCCCCCCCCCCCCCCCCCCCCAAAAAAAAGAAGUAAUGCUUUCGCCAUCACCCAAGGGCACCUUGCAAUAAGAAGACCUUUGCAUACAAAUUAUUUACCGCAUCUUCAGUUUUAUCACUUGUGUUUGGAAGUGUGAGCAUUUUUUCCAGAUAGUGAUGGGUGUUUUUUAUAUAUAUAUAUAUAUUGGAAUGAAACUAUUCAUUUAUCCACUCUUGACUUUUUAGCUCUAACCCUGUGGACUUAGUUUUAUUAGCCAAACCUUAUACUACUCAGUGUUUUGAAGAUACAUAAAAAAAUAUAGCUUUUAUUUGCAAUGUGUAUCUUUUGGAUGUAAGACUGUACUUUGUAUUAAACCUGUCAUAAGCCUCUGAAAAGUUUUGGCAUGUUAAAAGCAGAUUUGUUGUAUUUAUAACUUGUGGCAUUCUUGAACUAAUGAAAUGCAAUUAAAGAUGUCUAUAUUUAU